AUGGCCCAAUCAAGGUAUAUGUUGACACAAGCCAUCCCGUUUGAUGCACCAACAGCUUGGACUUCCCCAUUGCAAGAUGAUGCUAUUCCGUAUCAUACCCGGUACUAUCGUAGGCGUAGACGGCCCUCUAUGCAGGAGAAGGCCCAAGGCCAGCAAUAUCUCACCCCAGAUGAAGAGAAAGCUCUUGUUGCGUAUCUUUUGCUAAUGUCUGAACUUGGACAGCCCGUCCGAAUCAAGUAUAUACCCUUGUUAGCCUUUAGUCUCGCACGCCGGCGGACGACGACGACGACCGGCAAACCCAUCAAGCCCCCGGGAAAGAACUGGGCUCGGUUCUUUGAGAAACGCAACCCUAGACUAAAAGGGAGGAAGGUGAAAGCAAUAGACUGGAAACGGCAUGAACAGAAUAUCUACACUAAGGUUACACACUGGUUCGAGGUAAUUAGAGGAGUUCUACAGGAUCCGAGAGUACGGCCUGAGAAUGUAACAGGUCGCAGUAGCGUGCUCAGAUGUUUGCAUGCCGCACAACACACUGGCUAACGUCCAUCCAACCGUAACGGAACAACCGCCGUAGCGAAAAAAAAGAGUACUUCGUUUCGAAUGGUUGA